AUGUCUAACACCGCGCAGAGGGGAAGCGCUGUGACGAAAGCCGUGACGCCGCAUCUUCCAUUGGUCUGCUUUUCUUGUUUCGCAGACAAAGCAGUGGAGGUAGGCGAGUGCUGUAUGGUCGAAGGAAGGCGAACAUCGGCUGAAAUUAGUGGAGCACCGUCAAUGACAUCAACCACAUGGGGGAUUUUUCAGCCAAUCACAUUCCAGAACUCGCAUGACCAACUGUAG